CAUCAUGUUUACAACUCACUUUGACUUUUCUUACAAGGCCUGGUUAUUUUUAAAAUGAUUACAACUGCUUAGCUCGAGUCCUACUGGUCUAUUAUAACUGCUACAGAUUGUGUGGAACAUGUUUGACAAAGACCUAAGACAUAAAAAAUAAUCUAAAGAUUCAAAUUUUGUUGACAACAUAACGUGGUGUCACUUAAAAGAAAUGCAAACAACAGUUGAAUUUGUCAUUGAUGAUGCAAAAUCAGCACUGCUUGGAGAAAAUAAGCAGAAAAUUGAAGUUAAAUUUAACGUCACUAUUGUAUUGAAUAAGAUCUUCAAUGAAAGUAAUGGUAAAGGUGCAAAACGAUGGAUUUGUAUCAGUGGCUUAGAGGAAGACAUCAUCAAUGCAAAAGAGUAUACACUCAACUUCAUCUCACCAGGGGAAGUCAUUCAUCUAAAAAACAUAAUUGGCCACCCAUUGUUCACUGCUACAAAAAGUAAUGAAAUUGAAAAAGUGUCAUUAGCUGUUUUGAAAGAAAAUAAGGAUGGCAGUCUCACAAUCAGUGGAUCUGAUAUGGCCGUCACUGUAGCCCAGUCCUUAAUUGAUGAAAUGUUUAGUCAAGUUAUAGAUCCAGAAGCUGACUACCUACCAGAUGAAACAGCUGAUGACAUAAACUUGCCCACAGAUAAAAACAACUCAUCCUUCAUUGCAAUAACAACGGGGACACCUACUAAAAUUGAUUGCUUUAAGUCAUCAGGACAACAUGGUUGUGAAGACCUUGCACGAUGUGUGUAUGCCUCAGGCUCAUCACUGCAUCCAUCUGGGUAUGGAACCUCAAGUAAAACUUACGCCGCUAACCCUCAGAUUUUAAACGAUAAAGGAGAUUGGACGCACACUGACCAGCAGGUGACUGGGGAGCUGUGGAUGGACACAUCAGACUCACAGCCGAGUUGUAAACAGAGGGAAUAUUUGAUCAACCUGGCGACCACGAUACAUUACUCACCUCAAGACAUUGAAAUGGCCUUGGCCAAAUACAACAUGGACGAUGUUAUUCGACCUGCUGACUUUUUAAAAACUGUGAGGGACAUAAAAGCUAGCAGACAUGGUGGAGGAUACACACUGACGCAGCCCGCUGUUUCUAGUGACCCUGCCUUACCCGGGCAGGGAAAUCAACCAAUCCCAAUUGACGCUGAUGUCAGUACAAUUAUUAUUUCUGAUGAUGAGCCUGAGGAGAUUGAAGCUCCUAAAGUCUUUGCAAAAAAUGUCGGAAACCCAAUUCAGUUGAGCGCAGGAGACCAGGGCAGCAGUUCAUCCAAGACGUUGGUCCCCAGAGUUGGUCCGGUGGAUGCUCCAAUGGAGAUUGGGACAUGGAAUGCAGGGUUACUGCCACAGGACAGAUCGGAGAAUGCAGGAGCACAACAUGAUGACCUGAGAUACAUCGUCAUUGAUGGUAGCAAUGUGGCCAUGGCUCAUGGCGACAAUAAAAGAUAUUCCGUGCCAGGCCUUGAGAUUUGCAUAAACUAUUUUAGAAAGAGAGGUCACACCAGAAUUACAGCAUUUGUGCCAGAGUCACGCCGCUAUACUCAAAACCAGACAGAGAUAAUUGGGAAACAACUUUUAGAAAAAUUAAACAGAGAAGGUUAUGUAAAGUUUACUCCAAGUCGUCGUUUUAAUGGACAAGUUAUCAACAGUUAUGACGACAGAUAUAUUUUGAAUCUUGCUGAAAAAGAGGAUGGUAUUGUUGUAUCCAAUGAUCAAUUCAGGGAUUUGUGCCAGGAGCGGGAGAGUUAUUAUAAUAUAAUAGCCAACAGGUUGCUGCCCUUUAUGUUCGUGGGUGACCACUUCAUGCCCCCAGAUGACCCACUCGGCAAACAUGGUCCAAAUUUAGACCAGUUUUUAAGAAUUUCCCAUGAAACUGUACCAUACUUUACAAUGCAAUAUCCUACCCAUCCUCCUAAUCGUGAUAAAAAAUUUGACAGAUAUAAAAGAAAUGCAAGGCAUAAUGUAGGCAACAAAAUGAGAUGGCAGAGCCAAGACCAUCCAGUCCGGAGUCACCUAGACACAGAGAUCCUAUACAGGAAACUUGUUGAGCUUUUCCCUGAACCAUUCCAGAGGCCUCAGAUUGAGACUAUUUUGGCUAACCACAAGGAUGAGACGGACUUGAAUCGUCUGACAAACUAUGUUAUUAACAGUUUCUGAUUUCAAUUCUUACAGUGCAGAGAUGUGACUCAGUUUUUUUAAAGACAAUUUUUGAAGAAAAAAAGCCAAAAUAUGAAACAUCCAAUUUUAAAAUAAAAGCAAGUUUACAACUUAGAUAAAUAAAUGUAUGCUAAAUGAAGCAGGAAAAUGCAGAUGUGCAUUAAUUUUUAAAAUCAAAAUAUUCAUUUUCAUUGACACUCUAUGUUAACGCCCUUGAACUUAUUACUUCAUUCAAAUACAUUGUUUUACUGGUAAAAAUUAAACUGAAACUACCACAUAAAAGCAUGAAAAUUUAAAUUUUACAAUUUUUUUUAAAGGAAUUAGGAUAUAGUCGUAAGAGUUAAAUUGAAUGGUACACUAAAUUAGCAGUUUAUUUUUAUGCAAGUAAGUAAAUAGGUAAGAUUUUUAUUAAUGCACUAUGAUAUACUAAAAUUCUUGUUCUUCUUUUGGAAGACUUUUUACAUCUCUGACAGUGAAACUGUUGUAAAUAGUUGUAUCACAGGGGUUUAAUAUGUAUAAAUUAACAAAGUAUUUUCAAAAAAUGUAAAUUAUCCAGAUAAUAUGAAGCUAUUUUGUAGCUUUUUAAAAAAAAACGUGUAUGGUAUUGAGUAGUUACACCAUAAAUGCAGUUAAUUUAAAGAAACUUUUUCCUGCCCUACCAUUACAUAUUGGUAGAUGCUACAUGGCACUGUGUUUUGUAGGUUGACAUGUUAUUCAUCAUCUAACAAAAUUGUUACCAUCUAUGUGACAUGUGGAUCUUUUCUGUUGGUUAAAAUUCUAUUUUAAUUAAUAGAUUAGAAUAAGAAAUAGCAUUGUAAAUCUGGUAGUCAUAUAUUUUCUUUUUUUUUUUUUUGACAAGUUCUUGUCAUGUCAGCGUGUGCGAUGAAAAAAAAAACCUAUUAAUGUUGAUUUUUUUUUGGCAGCUUUGGUCUAUCUCUAUAUUUUUUUUAACUAUGUUUUAUACUUAUCCUGUUUUAUAAAUAUUCCUAACAAAAUCUUUUUUGUCAUGUCAAAUGUGUGAUCCUUUAAUCUGAACAGAAAAAAAAAAAGUUUGUAUUGGCUCAGUCAUCUUUUCUACAUCUUUGAAGCUGUAGUUGAUCAACAAUUGAUUAGAUAUUUGAUAAAUAAUAACAGUACAUUAAACAAACACUAUUUGAAAUUAUUUUUAAAAAAUAAUUACUUUAUCCAGGUAUCUUUAAUAAAAUUCUUGUGGAUAUAUCAUCACUAUAUAUGGUUUGAUAUCAAACAUCUUCAACCAAACCAUGGCAUUGGCUUUUUUUAAAAAGUCAAAGCCUGAAUCAUUUCUAUAUGAGUGACACAGAAUUAUGCUUUGGAUAUUGUUAAAAUGAUCACAAUUAAUCUAAAAAAAAGAUCACACAAAGAAAACUAAAAUGUACACUCAACGUAUGUAAUGUAAAAAAAAAAAACAACUAAUAUUUGUCAGUUUGAGAUUUUAUGUGUUAUUAAAAAAAGUGUCCUAGUCGUAUUAAAAUGAAACAAAUUUUUACAAUGUACAAAGAUUAAAUUUUGUGACUUGGUUAUAAGUGAAUUAAUUGGUUACAAUAAAAUAUGUUGGAUACUUUC